GAAACAGAGAGUCCUGAGAGCCGCCGUGUCCAAGUGGUGGAUAAAAGACUAGAUGGAAACGAAUUUAUCAUCAUUUGAAUCAUAGCUCGGUUAAAACGUGAAUGCCCAUGCGGCCUUUUUAUGUAAAUAGCGUAUUUAUUUCGUUUUAGGAACUUACAAUGGGAUAUCCUGAGCAUUCAGAUCUGAAGAAGUUCCCCUGAAAGCCACUCAUUCAUGGAGUAAAGGAGUCGUUUGGGGACCAUGAGUACAGGCAUGAAGAAGCCACCGCUUGCACCCAAACCCAGGCUGCUGUCUUCUCAAAAGCCAGCCCCACCACCCAUUGCCCCAAAACCUGAGAUCUUGCUUCCCUCUCCAGCUGCAUUAAAACGGGGUAAACCCGCUGUAGCCCCUAAGCCAUGCUUGGCCAGAGUGAGCCUCAAAGGCCCACAAAAGCCCCCUCCUCCUGCCUCGGCCAGCCUGGGGAAGCCCAAACAGAGCCCCAGCAACAUGCAGUGCUCCCAUGCUUCCAAAAACGGUGGUCCAUCGCACUUCUCGCAUUACAUCAUACCACCCCACACUGAGGAUCACCAUAUAGGCAAUGGCAAAUCCGGAAGCUCUGAAGAUACGAGUGAAACGGUGGAAGAUGAUGGGCUGAAAGCCAGAGCCAGCCCAACGGAGGACCUUGGUUGCAAUGGUGCAAAGGACCAUGGAGUGCAAACGCACACUCUGCCAGACUCCCCCAGUACUGCCCCAGAUGUCCGUGAAGAACCACGCAAGCACAAACACGCGCAAUUGCACAAAUUCGCUCCCACAUGUGUCCAGUCAUGUGCCCCAACAGAUGAAGCCGAUCAGAAGCAAGACCAACCUGUUGAAUGGGGUGAGCUUGGGACCUCCCACGUGCCGUUCACUCAUGCCAACAGCAUGCAGGUCGAUGUUUGUGUGCCCGCAGCCCCCAGCAAGCCCCUCCCAGUGCCCCAGCCUCGUCGUCCUCGAAGGGCCACACUUCUCCGUCAGAAGGUGGUGGAGGCUUCUCUGCCAGAAAUGCUCUGUGACCUCCCUGAUUUCCAGACUGAUGUCACCCAGAGGGACUGCGAAGUCGUUCAGGACAGCACGUUGCCGGUAACGUCCCAAAAUGCCAAACCGUCCUGUAUCCCCCUCUCAGACACUCCUCCAGCCUCCACACUGAACACGGAACCCGACACCAGUUUCUCCCACUGCUUAGGCCCCUCCCACAAUGCUGAGUCCACCUCUUGUGCGCACAACAGAGGUGUUGGCACUCACCCAGAGCCCACCCGUCAUUCCGAUCCAUCCGGUAGCGAAGCCUCUGUUUUUGGGGAUGCAGCUUCAGAGGAGGAGCUGCAACCACCCGCCCCUCCCCCUCGCCAAAUGUCCCUCCCUCAAAAAGAUCAUUUCACAUCAUCAUCUUUGGAUAACCUGCACCUGUCUGACCACACAGACCCCUGCUGCCUUGAGGAGAAUCUCGGCAAAGAAGAAGAGCAGGAUGAGGCUGACGGCGUGUAUGGCGAUUUUGCUCGUUACCCACUAACAAGGAGUUUACCCAAGCAAAUUAAGCUUGACUGCGGCCCUCAGCUCAUAACCAUGGUGUCGUCAUUGGAGGAGAGCUCUCCAAGGGUCGUUCCCAAGAAGCCGCAGAGACACAGCCUGCCCGCAUCCGCCCUGCUGAGGAAACAGAUCACGCCUCCCCAGACGCAAGCUCCCGCCCUGCUGCCACCUGACUCCAGCCCUGCCCCUUUCAGAGACCUCCCCACACCCCCUAAUGAGAAACCUCUGUCGCGACGCCUCGCCCUGCCGUCGCUCGCUCUGUUCGGCAAGCCACAGCCACGGGGAAUGGUCAAACAGAGGGCAAAGUCGUUCUCCUCGGCCGACCUGCUGUGCGCGGACCCUGCGGCGGGCAGCGAGCGGCUGGCACGCUCGGAGCAGGGCCGCCGCAGCCUGCGCAAGCUCCUGGAGCUGCGCUCGUGUGUACGCCUGCUCCCCAAGCUGCUGCGUGGCGGCACAUCCCUGGACUGCACAGGUGCCGACGCCGAGCGCACGGAACCCACGGCCGCCAACGCCGAAGUGGCCCCCGCUAACCGGGAUGGAACUCCUGGCGAGAGCAACUGCGGGGUUGAGUACGAGAACGUUCCGCUCUACGAGGAGAUCCCAGAAUACAUGAACCUGCCAUGGGUCUGCUGCUCUCAGGAUGCAGACACUGGAGUGUAUGAAAUACAGGAGCCGUAUAUAGUGCACAGGGCUCGGAUAAGCGGUGACCAUUCAGAGGAAGAGGAGGGGCUAAGCUCUAACGAGGAGGAUGAGAAUAGCUCCACUUCCAGCAAGGAAGAUAUGGACCAAUCAAAAAACAAAGAGGAGGUCGAGAAGGCAAAGAGGAAUAAAGUGGUUCACAUUGCCAUGGAGAUCAUGAGCUCAGAGAAAGUAUUUGUGGAUGUUCUGAAGUUGCUACACAUCGACUUCCGGGAUGCGGUUGCCAAGGCAACCCGGGCCAGUGGCAAGCCUGUGGUAGAGGAAAAGGUGCUGAAUCAGAUUCUCUACUACCUGCCUCAGCUCUAUGAGCUGAACAAAGACCUGCUGAGAGAGCUGGAGGAGAGAGUCGCACACUGGUCGGACCACCAGAGGCUAGCCGACAUCUUUGUGCAGAAGGGGCCAUACCUGAAGAUGUACUCUACAUACAUUCGAGAGUUCGACCAUAACGUGGCUCUCUUGGACGAACAGUGCCGGAAAAAUCCUUCUUUCGCGACAGUUGUGCGGCAGUUUGAGACGAGUCCCCGAUGUGCCAGUCUCGCUCUGAAACACUACCUUCUGAAACCAGUGCAGCGCAUUCCACAGUACCAGCUCCUGCUGACAGAUUAUUUGAAAAACCUUCCUGAAGACUCAUCUGACUACAAAGAUACACAAACUGCCCUUGGGGUGGUGAAAGAAGUUGCGAACCAUGCCAAUGACAUUAUGAAACAAGGGGAUAACUUUCAGAAGUUGAUGCAGGUUCAGUACAGUUUGAAUGGUCAUCAUGAAAUUGUGCAGCCAGGAAGGGUCUUCCUUAAGGAAGGCACUCUGAUGAAACUGUCUAGGAAGGUCAUGCAGCCCAGAAUGUUCUUCCUGUUUAAUGACAUUCUGUUGUACACCACUCCUGUGCAAUCUGGCCAGUAUAAACUCAACAGCAUGCUCUCCCUGGCUGGCAUGAAGGUGAGCAAGCCCAGUCAAGAAGCAUAUCAAAAUGAACUAAACAUCGAGAGUGUGGAACGUUCUUUCAUCCUGUCAGCCAGCUCUGCCACAGAGAGAGAUGAGUGGCUUGAAGCCAUUGCCACAGCGAUAGAUGACUACACCAGGAAGAAGAUCUCUUUUAUCUCCAGCCGAAGCCAAGAGUCUGAGGGCACAUCUGUUGAUGGUCCUCCACUGGGUUCGAAAGCUCCCAUCUGGAUCCCGGACCUCCGCACCACCAUGUGUAUGAUCUGCACCUGUGAGUUCACCCUCACCUGGAGACGCCAUCACUGCAGAGCCUGCGGCAAGGUUGUGUGUCAAGCAUGUUCAUCAAAUAAAUAUUACCUGGAAUACCUGAAGAAUCAGCUAGCGAGAGUGUGCGACCAGUGCUAUGCCAAACUACAGCAAAAAGAUAAAGGUGACUUAACCGGUGUGUCCAUUUCACCCAGUGGUCGAACCUCAGCGUUCUCCUUCUCUAGAAAACAGAAGAAGAUACCGUCAGCCCUCAAAGAGGUGUCUGCCAACACUGAGAAUUCCUCUAUGAGUGGCUAUCUGCAGAGAUCCAAAGGAAACAAGAAACCGUGGAAGAGGUUGUGGUUUGUCAUCAAGAAUAAAGUCCUCUACACCUAUGCUGCUAGUGAGGAUGUUGCAGCAUUAGAGAGCCAACCAUUGCUUGGCUUUUUCCUGCGAGAAGAGAAGUCUGGACCAGCGCAGAAGCUACAGUUUAAACUUUAUCACAAAAACACACUCUACUACAUCUUCAGAGCAGAGGAUAUCCCUACAGCUCAGAGAUGGAUUGAGGCAUUUCAGGAGGCCAUGAUUCUUUGACUAAUCUGGAAUGGUGCAAAAUGGUGACAUUUUGAUUUAGUGUCUUAUGCGAUUGACUACAUUGGAUUUAGGAAAUGUCUGAAAUGUCUGAAGUGUCUGAACUCAGAAGACAUGCAUUAUAUUAACAAAGGACUGAUACUGGUAGGCGUAGUUUUCAUCUUAAUAAGCAGCCUCACAAAGGCGAGCAGUUGGCAGAUAAACUUGGUAUCCAUUCAGGUAUCUUGUUGUGUCAGAAUGUAUUACCAGUAUUUAGUGUUAUCGUAGCCUUUUUCUCCUUUCAAAUGUUUUCCCUUUGGCAAGCAAAGUCCAACCCGUUUGAGAUCAAUCAUUUCUUCUUUUAACCAAGGGAUUUUAAUGAGAGUUGACAAGAUACGUCAUUAAAUAUGCCUGCCGUCAGCCAGAACUUCAUGCACAUAUAGCUUUGCCCACUGUUUAGAACAUACCAGUAACAUGCAGUGUGACAUUCUUGGUAUGUGUGGGGGAGGGGGGAGUUGGGUGUAAGGAGCAAGUGAGAGGAAGUGUCUAGUUUAAAGAUGUUCUAGGUUGUCUGGUAACCGAUCAAAUUAUCAGGUCACGGGUGGGGUCAAGUGUGAAUGGAAAUGUCACAUGAGAAAUGUUUGGUGCCUUUAGAUGGUGCCGUCCUGUGGCAGGGACAGAAUCUCUGUAUAUAUCUGCCAUGGUGCAUCAUGGGAAAUGUAGGGUGCUACUGUGAGAGCCAGUAGGUUUUUUUUUUGUUUUUAGUUUUUUUAAGAGACCUUAAACUGAAAGAUCAGAUUUUUAUUGUAUUUUUUUAAUCUUCUCUUUUGUAUAAAACAGGACUGACUCAAAAUAUUUACUGGGAAUAACUGGAUGUAAGUGUAAAUAUACUGUAUAUGGUAAUAUAAUGCAGGUGUAAUACAUAUGUAUUUAAAACAAUUUAGGAUAUGAACUCAAAUUUAAAAAUGUUGUAAUUUAACAAAGAAUUGCAGUUUUAACUGAGUUUGACUGAUUUAGGUUUACUGAUACAGAUCAUAGCAUUCUAAGCUGUGAAUACUCAGUUUAGUGAAAACUGCCUCACUCCGUCAUCAGGGAAAAUAACUCAUUUCUUUGCUUUUCAAAUUCCUCUGUGCAUAUUCUUCUGGAUUGGUCAGUUGUCAGUGAAAAUUUCUUGAUUCGUGUUAGCAAGAAAUUAAGUAAUUAUCAGUUCUUGCACACAAUUCUUGCAUAAAACAUAUUUAGUUGCUUUCCAAUUACUACACAUGGGGGUUGUCUAUAUUUAGACACCUGUGCUCAGACUAAUGUCGAAAUAUGUUGAAUUGUGGUGUUAAAUGUUUAAUGGGGCAAAAUGCAAAAGUGCACAGCACAUAUCACUUGACACAAAGAUUUACACGUUUUACUUACUUGUCACCUUCUCAGUUGGGGAUGUUUUUUAUAACUGUUAAUUGUGAUAACUCAACCAAUCAUAUGCCUCAGUGUCAGCUAUAGAUGUAAAGUAUCAGUUGAAAUAAAUAAUUUUAAUAAACCUCA